CGGGACACUUAUAAGACAACUUGGACAAAGUUGGACUCACUUUCUGCUCUCGUCCCAAUCGUGGAUGACGACUUUUGAGGACACUUUUUCAUUUACUUGACAGAAAAAAGUCCAGCUGGACUUUUUUUGCUCCUCUCUGUAACUUUCCAGACUCCUUUAGGAUGGGUGAUUGGAGUGCUCUUGGUCGUUUGCUGGACAAGGUCCAGGCCUACUCUACAGCCGGAGGGAAGGUCUGGCUGUCGGUCCUCUUCAUCUUCAGGAUCCUGGUCCUGGGCACGGCGGUAGAAUCCGCCUGGGGAGAUGAGCAGUCCGCCUUCAAAUGUAACACUCAACAACCUGGUUGUGAGAACGUCUGCUACGACAAAUCCUUUCCCAUCUCCCAUGUUCGAUUCUGGGUCCUCCAGAUUAUCUUUGUGUCGACCCCCACGUUGCUUUAUCUGGCUCAUGUCUUCUACCUGAACAGGAAGGAACAGAAACUAAACAGGAAGGAGGAAGUGCUUAAAGUUGUACAAAAUGACGGAGGAGAUGUCGACCUCCCACUGAAGAAAAUAGAAAUGAAAAAGGUGAAAUAUGGCAUUGAUGAGCACGGCAAAGUCAAAAUGAAGGGGGCCCUGCUCAGAACUUACAUCGUUAGCAUUUUCUUCAAGUCGAUGUUUGAAGUGGGCUUUCUUGUCAUCCAGUGGUACAUAUAUGGAUUCAGCUUGUCUGCGGUCUACACCUGCGAGAGGGCCCCAUGCCCGCAUAGAGUGGACUGUUUCUUGUCACGUCCCACAGAAAAGACCGUCUUCAUCAUCUUCAUGCUGGUGGUCUCGCUGGUUUCUCUGCUCCUCAAUGUCAUAGAGCUCUUCUAUGUGUUCUUCAAAAGGAUCAAGGAUCGCGUGAAGGGCCAACAGCCGCCCACGCUCUACCCAAGUGCGGGCACUUUGAGUCCAACCCCCAAAGAUCACCCCACCGCCAAGUACGCCUACUAUAACGGUUGUUCUUCCCCGACUGCCCCUCUCUCACCCAUGUCUCCCCCAGGUUACAAGCUGGUCACAGGAGAGCGGGGGACCGGCUCAUGUCGAAAUUUUAACAAACAGGCCCACGAGCAGAAUUGGGCCAACUAUUCCACAGAGCAGAACCGGCUUGGUCAGAAUGGCGGAGGGAGCACUAUUUCGAACUCCCACGCACAAGCCUUUGACUUCCCAGACGACACGCACGAGCAUAAGAAACUGUCCUCAACGGCGGGACACGAGCUGCAACCGCUAGCACUGAUGGACGCCAGGCCCUGCAGCCGGGCCAGUAGCCGGAUGAGCAGUCGGGCCAGGCCAGAUGACCUGGACGUGUAAACCCUGACUUCUCCUCGUCUUCCUCCCACCUCUACCUGGCUGCCAGCAUGCGUAGCUGCAGCCCGAGAACCAGGAAACACUUAAUAACGUAGGUUUGAAUAGAAGGUGGGACUAACCUCAGUUACUGUCGUCAUCGUAGAGACUCUUAGUUCAGCAAGAGACCUGAGAACUUGUUAUGUAACACUGUUAAAAAGGUACAAGUUGCAAGUAUGUUUUGAUGACUUUUACCAGUUCUCACUUUCGCUCAUCAUAGGCAUAAAUGUCCUUUUAGUUUUGAGCCUUUAAAGAUCAUCUUCAAUGACUUUUAAAACAAGAUUUGACUGUCAGUUACAGAGGGUCAGAAUUUUACAUAUGUCCAGCCACCCCUGUGACCCGAGGGGGAAAAGCUGUAGAAAAUUGAUGGAUGCUUAAAUACAUACAUAGUACUUACAUCUUACAAUAAGUGGUGCUGACGGUUCUAGAAUGUCUUACCCUGACAAGGCCAAGCUUUAUUCACUUCUUGUUGGUGAUUGACUUCAUGUGAUAGUUUCUCUUUCCUUCCGUAAAAUGAUCUAUUUAACAGAAAGUCAACAGAACUAACCGAAGAUCUAAGAGGGAGGAUAGUGAAAUUAUUUUGGAGACUCUUUUAAACAAUUGCAGAUUCCAACAUCACCAUUUCAAAUGGUUGUUCAGAAUUGUCAACCUUGUCUGGACAAAAGACCCAAGCUAUAACCCUCAGAUACAUGGCAUUUUUUUGGCUUUUCAGUAAAAACCAAGGAACCACCAAGACUAAAUUCUACUAAUGGAUUGAGAGGAUGGUAAUCCAAUAUCAACACCUUCAACCUCGGCUAAAUUUUGCAGCCGUCCACAUGGACAAUUCAAAUGUCAACCAAGUCUGAUGUUCAGAUUUAUUUGUUCACGACAACAAUAAGUCAUACAUAAGAACGCUGUACCAACUGUCAGUCAACUGUGGUGGUAGUAUCAUGUUCCGGGUCUGGUACUGGUACACAGUAAAACAUGUAUGGAUUAUGAAGGAAGACUACUUCCUUACUCUUCGACUUAAUCUCUAAUCAACAACUAGAUGACUGAAUCUGAGUUGUACUAGAAGCUUGUUGAUUGCUAUGAGGUCAGACUUGCUGAGGACAGGGUAUUAGAGCUGUAUAUAUUUGAAGCUGUAUGUAGAUUUUUGACUUUGUGCAAUUUAUAGACAAUUCUAAAUUCAUUUGAAGUUCUGCAUCCAAUUCUUGUUCGUAAAAAAAUAUUGAAGAUGUACGUUGUAUAAUUGUUCUCCCUUAGAAAAUCAUUAAUGGCCCAAAAUUAAUUUUGACUCCAAUGGUGAGUGUGUGUACUGUAAAUGUUUGACUAUAUACAGUAAACCUUGCCAGAGAGGCAGGUGAACAGUCUGGUCAAGAUGAUUUCCUCGGCGUUGAAGUGUCUUCAUUAUAUCCCAGCCACGUUUUCACCAAGGACAGGUUACUUUGAUUUAGAAUUCGUUCUCACUCCCGAUACAAGUCCAUUCUUCAAUCAAUCCCAACAAUCAACAGUGUCUUUCUAGCACCACAAUAUCUCAUAAUUUAACUUUGUUCCUCCCAUAACUUCAUGACAGCAUGCCAAACAGUAUGGAAUUGAUUGUGUAAUUGCUCUUCAAAUGUUCAUUUGGCAAAACAAUGUUACAGUAAGAACUUUUACAGCAUACAAGAUCAGAAACAUUUACAGUGGAACAUCGAUUUAAGAACGUAAUUGGUUCUUGAACAGGGGUCUUGAAUAGAAAGUUUGUAUAUCAAAGCCCAUUUCUCCAUAGGAAACAAUGUAAAUGUGAAUAAUGCCUGGACAAAAGUUCAUAUUUUAGUUAAAGUUCGUACACUUUGUACACACUAAAGUGAUUUACAGUAUUGCCUAUUGAACAAACACAACAGGGGGGCAAUCGAUCAACUUUCUAUUUAAUAAAACGUUUAAAACGACAACAAGCUGAACUGUUCUGAUUUGUAGCCUCCCUGCCGACACGCACAACACAGUCACUAGCCCUGUGGUGCACUCACAGUUCCAAAUCAUAAAACUUACUAACGUUGACAGCCAGGUCGCUACAAUGAUUAGGAAUAAAACUAAAAUACCCUUUACCUUGUCGUUUUAAUUCUCUUGAAGGAGUGAGAAUCUAGAGCAGUGGAUUUACAGCAUAAAGGAUUAAGAUUUGAAAUGUGGACGUCUGGAAAGCCUGUUGUGAUUGACCAUGACUGUGUUACCAGGAUCUGGGGAGAUGGCUGAAUAUUUAUUGCUGGGGAUCUGAUGGACACUUACCACUUGGAUAAAGAAUUGACAUUAUCUCUUCCUCUUAGAAAACACUUCAACGCCCUACUAGUUGUAUAUUUAUUGGUCACGUCAACAGUCAUGUACAUCAUCAGUCAGUCUGGGUUGUGUUUUUUUUCCUGGUAAACUUUGAAUUUAUGUCUCAUCUUGUGGAUUGAUUUGCCUUUUUGGAGAGUGUGUGAGAGUAGCAGGUUCGAGAGUUGAGGAUGUUGAGCCACAGCAAGCAAACGGCUAUGAUUGGAUGAUUCAUUGGACUUGUUUUUUGUUGGAGGUCGAGAGACAGAAUGGGUUUCUGUGUUUUGAAUAUUCGCGUGAAUGAGUUUUGUCUUGAGAAAUCGUCACUUAGUACUGUAAACGCUGACAAUGUGAGUUUCUAGAAGUAGAUCAGGACUAAUAUUUAGUCAGCUGUUUGAAAAUGUAUGCCAACGUAGCGCCACAACUACCAAACAUUACAAGACAUCUCAAUUUGUCAAUUGUGCCGGUACUUAGCUGUCAUGGCUUUUUCAGCUACAAUGGCAAUUGCACUGAUAUCUUGGUGAAAAUGAUGUAAUAUAAUGCACCCGCAAAGUGAUGUACAUGUUGCUAAUUUAUUUGAUGACACAUAAAUCACAGCAGUGCCUAAUAUAUCAGACGUCCUACUACUGCCCUAUCUGUUCUGGGCCAGAUGUUAAUACACCUUUGUUACAGUAAUUAAGACCACGCUAAUCCAUGUACAGUGUAAGUGCAUGAUGGCAAACCCAACACUCAUUCAUCAUAUCUGUGAAAACGAUCUUAACCAAUACAUGUUUCUUCAUUCUUAAUGAUGUCAAUAAAUAUGUUUUUUUUCUCUCCAGUUGA